UAUAUCUAAAACACACAGGCUUGUGAUUUAAAAAUAUCACCCAUUAGCACUAACAGUAUGCUCAAAUUGUACAGGUUGGCAUCACGAGACGCUUUGGUUGCAGUCCUUCACUAUGGUGCCCGUCGACUCGUUAGGGCUGAAGCUACAAGAAGUCGUCACAUACCCCAAGACACGUCAACCGUACGAUGAUCUAGGUAAAGUCGACGGUAUUGCGAAGGUCCUGAACGUCAACCUAAAGACUGGUUUGAGCAACGAACAGGUAAAGGAGCACAGAAAGAAAUAUGGCCCAAAUGUUCUGCCCGAAGUUGAGAUCAAAUCUUUCUGGGAGUUAGUAAUGGAAGGCUUUGAGGACAAAACCCUGAUCCUUCUAUCCGGAAGUGCCAUCAUAAGUCUUAUCUUGGGUAUCCGAGAAAACCCCAGCACCGGGUGGAUUGAAGGCACGGCGAUUAUCAUGGCUGUGCUGAUUGUGGUAUUUGUCACAGCCAUCAACGAUCACGAGAAAGAGAAGCAGUUUAGGACACUCAACGCCAAGAAGGAUGCUCGUUUGGUGAAGAUCUUAAGAAAUGGAGAACCCCAGCAGCUGCUCGUGGAUGAGAUCGUUGUAGGCGAUGUUUUGUUUGUGGAGACAGGCGAUGUGUUGCCAGUGGAUGGUGUGCUGAUGUAUGGCUCAAACAUUGAAUGCGAUGAGAGUGCCGCAACAGGAGAGAGUGAUCGCAUCAGAAAAUCGCACACUGCUGCGAAGGCUGAUGUUUUCUUCGUCUCUGGUGCUCAGGUCAUGGAUGGUGUAGGUAAGAUGCUGGUCACGGCUGUAGGCACAGGUUCCUUCUAUGGUAAGGCCAUGAUGGGAUUGCGUGUGGAGACUGAGAACACGCCUCUGCAGGACAAGCUGGAGGAUCUGGCCAACCAGAUCGGAUUCUUCGGACUGAUUAUGGCUGUGAUCACUGUCGGCUGCUUGGUUGCCCGAGAGUACUACACAUAUCACAUUAACGACAUGCCCUUGGAUGAGCACUUUGUCUCUGCGUUGGUGCGCUUCGUCAUUACGGGUAUCACAAUCUUAGUAGUGGCCAUUCCAGAGGGUUUGCCUUUGGCAGUUACUAUGGCUCUGGCCUAUUCUACCAUCAAAAUGUUAGAAGACAAUAAUCUGGUGCGCAAAUUAGAAGCGUGUGAGACUAUGGGAGGUGCCACCACCAUUUGCAGUGACAAGACCGGAACACUUACGCAGAACAAAAUGACUGUUGUGCGAGGAUACAUUGCUCAGCAGAACACCACCCUGGAGGAAACCGAGUCUCCCCUGCCACUACGUGUAGACGAGAAAGUAAUUGAGCUGCUAUCCGUUGGCAUAGCAACCAACACCACGGCAUAUGUUCCUGAAGGCCACACAGAGUUUGUGGGAAACAAGACCGAGAGUGCCCUCAUCGGAUACAUUAAGGAGAUGGGAUACGAUUACAAAUUGAUUCGACGAAGUGUCGAUCAGAAGGCUAUCUUCCCCUUCUCGUCCGCCAGAAAGAGAAUGUCUUCGCUUGUGAAGCAGCCCAGUGGUGUGCUCAGACUGCAUUGUAAAGGCGCGGCUGAGCUUAUUCUGGACAUGUGCGACACCUACAUCAACGCCAAAGGAGAUGUUGUUCCCCUAACUGCCGACGAUUCCAAAGCCAACCACAAUAUCAUCCAAGAAUACGCCUCGGAAGGUCUAAGGACCAUCUGCCUGUGUUACACAGACAUGGAGGAUGGUGACCAAGAUUGGGAACACUCUAAGCCUGACGAGACAGAACGUAUGACUCUGUUGGGUAUUGUGGGCAUUGAAGAUCCCAUCCGUCCAGAGGUGCCUGAGGCUGUGCGGCGCUGUGCGGCGGCCGGAAUCAAAACUCUAAUGGUCACUGGUGACAACUCAGUCACCGCAAAGAACAUUGCCAAGAAAUGCGGCAUCUACAACGAAAAGGCCGGUGGAUUGGUUAUGGAAGGCCCGGAGUUCCGUCUGCUAAAGGACAAGCCCCACGAGCUCAUGACUGUAAUUUUCCGACUGCAAGUACUCGCUCGCUCGUCUCCUUUGGACAAACAGAUUCUCGUAGAGGCACUGAAGAAAAGCAACCACGUUGUGGCUGUGACUGGCGAUGGCACCAACGAUGGCCCUGCGCUAAAGAUGGCACAUGUGGGAUUUUCCAUGGGAAUCACCGGCACAGAGGUGGCUAAGGAGGCGUCGGAUAUCGUUCUCAUGGAUGAUAACUUCUCGUCGAUUGUCAAGGCUGUAAGCUGGGGCAGAAAUGUGUACGAUUCCAUCCGCAAGUUCAUUCAAUUCCAAUUGACAGUUAAUAUUGUGGCUGUGAUCUUGGCGUUCUUGGGUAGUCUGUCGUCGGAAACGGGCGAGUCCCCUCUCAAACCCGUUCAGCUGCUGUGGGUUAACCUGAUCAUGGACACCCUAGCUGCCUUGGCCUUGGCCACUGAAUCUCCAUCACCCGACCUUCUCAACCGCCCGCCCUACGGCAAGAAUGCGCCUCUGAUCAGUCGCAUGAUGUGGCGCAACAUCCUGGGUCAGGCUUUUUUCCAGUUUAUUGUGAACUUCUACUGUCUAAAAGACCCUGAAUCGAUUUUCGGACCAACUGACAACGGACUGCCGUAUGAAAGUGCAUCUAACCACCUGCUGCACAUGACACUGUUCUUCAACACAUUCGUAAUGUGUCAGCUGUUCAACGAGAUCAACUCCAAGAAGAUUCAUGGCGAGAUCAAUGUGUUCGAGGGCUUCUUCGCAUCGCCUAUGUUCCUGAUUGUCAUGCUUUUUACGCUAUUCUUGCAAGUGCUGAUGGUACAGUAUGGUGGCGAUUGGGUGGGCUGCACGCCUCUAAACCAGGACCAAUGGAUCCGUACCAUCGUUAUCGGUGCACUGGGCAUUCCCGUGGGGACUCUCAUCCGUCUGCUGCCUGACUGGGGUCUGCCUCGCACUGGAAACAAAGCCGCACGCGACAAGUUCAAGGGUGCCGUGAAUGCCGUCAGGAACGAGGGUCAUCACAGGGAAAAGCACGACCUCAACUUGGUCGAAGCCUUCAGACGAAAGCACUCACACGAGCGCCGAUCCUUGUCCAACGAGGAAAGCAAGAAAUCGAACUAGUUAGUAUUAGUGUCGUAAGGUGGAGUGUGUGUGGCAGUGUGCCAUACAAUUAGCAUGUCUCGCACAGGCAUGUGCUCAUACCCAAACAACUUGUGUAGUGGUACGUCCGAUGCCUGUAGUGAGAUGUAAACCAACACAAAUACGAGCGCCUUCAGGCUGGAAUACUGUGCUGCUGUGUAAAGGGUGCAGUCACCUCCGGAUCGAUUUCACAGUGGUGUUUGACCUUAGAGAGCGAGUCGCUCGUUGCCGCUUUCUGCUGCAUAGUAUCUGAAUUUUCAGCAGUGAUGAAAACUCGGCAAACAUUCUAUUCUGUGUAUUCGCCACUGUCAUGUUUUUUUGUAGUGUAUCGUAUGCCUGUGCACGCGAUGCGCAGAUGUACAAGCACGAGCCAGCACAAGCUUGUAAAUAGGCUCUACUUGAAAGCAUGUAGUUGCACACACUGUGGACGGUUGAAGUGUGCUCAUAUGGGUUAGAAACGGCUUGUUGUGUUGUAACGCAAGCAUGUGCUUGCAACUGCGCAGGUAAAGUAGCAGUUCGACCUGAGAGUGCCUAUGUCCGUUUCGGCUAUGUGUCUGGAUGCCCAACAGGUUUGAUUAUGCAGUAUAGCUCGAGAUAGGGGAAGUGAGCCUGCGAGUGUACAUAGGCGAGUGUAUAGAGCGAGGAAUACGAGACAAGACUGACAAACGAGCGAGCCUCGUUAGGUCACCGUAUGACUUGUGUAUGUUGAGAGGUAGUAAGCAAGUGUAAUGUAUCUAUGGCCAAUAAAAUGUAAAAAUUGAAAAUGGA